AUGGAUCAUAUUUUGCAGAUAAUAAAACAAAAUCUAAAAGAGAUUUGGAUGCCAAGGAAAUAAAAAGAAGCUGAAACUGUAGUCUAUAAUUUAGUAAACCUAAAAUAAGAACUCUAAAAUUUGAGAACUUAAUUUAUGGAGAAACUACACUAAAGCUUGUUAAUAAUCGAUGAAAUUCUCUAAUAUUUACAGAUUUAACUAAUUUCUCUAAAAAUGAGUAUUGACUAGAACUAAAAUUUGGAAAUUAGGAAUCCCAAACAAUUAAAAGAAUUAAUAAUAAGUCAAGAGACCCAAUAUAAUACAAAUAUAGGCAAUAAAUUCACAGAUUUGUUAACAAUAUGGAAUGACAACUUUUUGAAAAACUUUGGAAACAGAAUGAAGAAAAUUGCUUAGAGAACUUCUGAUUGUGAUUUAGAACCAUGUUUCAAUUCAUCAAACAGACCAGGGAAUGGAAAUAUUAAGAUUUGCUAGGAGCAUUACUAAUAGAUCAAUUAUGUGAGGACAUCAAAUAUUGCAAAUUCUUAAAAUUGGUUGGCUUGUGAGAGAUGCAUACAACCAGAUCAAAAUUACAUACAAUUAGAAGAGCUUGAAAAAGCAUGGGGAGAGCAUGCUAGAUUAACGUUAGGGAAAUUUAAUAAUCAUUAAAAUAAUUUGAGUCUUUAUUGGAAAAAAAUAUUAUAAAUAAGUGAGGAGUUCAAUAAAUUUGUAUCAUAAUAAAUUAAUUUGAAAAAUGACGCUCAUUCACAAUAGAUGUGCUUAAUGCAAAAGAAUUGGUCAAGUCUAUCUUAAGUAGAAUUAAAUGAUAUUGCUUGCGAUUAUAAUAAACAGCCAAAUAACUUAAUUUAUGAAAAGAUUGAGCAAGAAUCAAUAAAAAAGGAAGAUCAAAUUCAAUAAGUGAUAAGUUAAUACCAAAAAUUCUUAGAGAAAUUAGGGAUUCUAAUUAAUUAAACAAAUCCUAAAUUUGAAUUACAAAAUAGCAUCAAAUAAAACAAAUGCAUUUCUUUUGCGUUUUCCUUGGAUUCUUCAGUUAUGGUUGUUGGAUAAUAUUGUAUGAUUAAAGUAUUUUAGUUUAGAGAGGGAGAUUUAACAGAAUAGUAAGAAUUGACUGAACACCAAGGACAUGUGAGAUGCCUUUAUUUUAUGAAAAAGACUUUGCAAUUUGUUUCUGGUAGUACUGACAACUUAAUCAUAAUUUGGUCAUGGAAUGAGAAAAGAAAAUGGUAUUGCGAUCAAAUAUUAAAUGGACAUUCGGAUUAUGUCAGGGGAGGAUUAAUAAUGAACAAUAAGGAAGAUUUAAUUAUCUCUGGUAGUGAUGAUAAGACAAUUAGAUUUUGGGUUAAAAGGAACAAUAUAUGGAGACUUAAUUAAACAUUAACUGAUCAUGUUUAGGAAAUAAAGAGCAUCAGUCUUAAUGGUUCAGAAAAUCAAUUGGUUUCAUGUUCAACAGGAUAUGAGAUUAUUGUUUUCAAACUCAACACAGAAUAAUAAUGGAUGAAAAAGUAAUAAAUUUAGGUUGAUUAGGAAGGAUAUAGUUUAUAUUUCUUAAGCGACACCCUUUUUACAUUCUUGUCUCAUAAAUCAGAUCUCUUGUAUAUCUAUGAGUUUGAUGAACCAUAACAGCAAUUUAUUAAGACCAAAUAAAUAAAAUUAAUUUCUGGGGAUAAAACAAUUGAUUACUUCCCUUAGUAGUAUAAUAAAGAGAAGUAAAUAUUGUUAGUUAAAAUUGGAAAAACUAUUAAUAUAAUUAAAACUAUUGAUCAAUAAUAAUUCGUUCCUGUCUAAUUUAUAGAAAAUAAAGAUAAUUAUCUUUAUGGUGCCAUGACUAAUGAUGCUGAAUAUUUAGUAACUUGGGAAAGUAACGAUAAUACGAUAAAAGUCAGAAAGUGCCAUCAAUGA